AUGUCAAUAGUAGAUGUUCUGCAGAGUGUAGGAGAAUUAGCUGCUGCUGUCAAUGAAAAAAUCAAGGAAUUGGAGUCAUUGAAAUCACAGUAUAACUACAAACUCGAUAUAAUCAACCAAUAUAUUUCGUUACUCCCCACUGAAAAUAAUGACUAUAUAGAUGAUGAUGAGUUAAUCCAAAUCAUUAAAGAUACAGAUGGUGAUUUUAUAAAACUUCCCAAGAAAUUGAUAAGAGUCCCUGAAGAUAUAAAGAAGAAUACUGAAGAUUCAGGACCACAAAUACGACACCUCCUGUUAGAUUCAACUAAUUCAAACAAAGUUAAAGAAACCAAAUAUUUGAAUAAGUCUAAAAAGACAUGUUCAUACUGCAAUAAAACCGGACAUAAUAGAGCCAAAUGUUUCAAAAGAUUAAAUGGAGAGAAACCAGAACCUUCAAAUAACUAG